AUGAAAAACAUUGAUUUUUUUGAAAACCAUAACCCUCUUAAUUCUAAAAAUGAUGAUCUUGAUAGUCCAUUUGGUAAAGACAGUCUUUCAGAUCUAAAUAGUCAAGUUUAUCAAGAAACAAAUAUUAGUUCACUAUCUCAAAAUUAUACACUAAACAGAAGAUUAAAAAAAAGUUCAACAAUUAGCCUUAUUUUAACAUCAAUACAACUGACUACCUUAAAAAACCUACAUACAGAUGUAAAUAUGACAAAUGUCAUCAAUAAUUUUCUUAAUGAUUUUAAUCUUAAAGAUAAAACUUUAGCACUUACUAUAAAUAAUAAGUCUGCUAUGAUUAUUUGUGAAAGAUUAAUUGCACAAGAAUUGCAAUAUAAGCUUGAUAAUAUUGGAUUUUCAUAUUACUACUGCAUGGCCUAUAUACUCAACUUGGCUGCAAAACAAGGACUAGAGAUGGUUGAUUCUUCUGUAGAAAAACUUAAAGAAAUUCAAUAUUUUAAACCUGAGUUGGAUAUAGAAACAAG